AAGUCCGGAUCGAGAGAGUGCCCAACACUACAAAAUUUUGCGGGAGGAGAAAACGAUACGUCGUACGCAAAAAUCGGUAAUAUUCAGAGGCAAAUUAGCGAUAGAUUAUUGCGUUGAACCCGUAUCGGUGGACGUGUCCAAGUGCGAGCAAAACUACGCACAGUACGGCGUAGUGCGUGUUUUAAAUCUUGCCCAGUCGUGUGGAUCGGUACUGCAUAUCUUCACAUUUCGUUGUUAGGUGGCCUGCUCCUAGGCAGGGGCAGACAUUUUGUUUUUUGAUGACCGUAUUCUUCCCGUCAGUGCCGUGAAUGAAGUUCCGUGAAAAUUGCUCCCGCAGCACACAAAAGGCAAAGGAAGAAGCAAUUAAAGCAAUAACCGAGGCAAGCAAGCCGAGAAAAAGCACGGCUUACUAGGGAGCAGCUCUGUGAGAAAGGCAGUGCUUUGCAAGAAAACCAUCGAACGCAGAGUGAAGAGGACAAACUAAACUUCCCUAAACCCUCCCCCCCAACAACAGCUGCAGGAUGGGCAAUCGUGAUGACGAAUAUGAUUAUUUAUUCAAAGUUGUGCUGAUCGGAGACUCGGGUGUCGGAAAAAGUAACCUGUUAUCGAGAUUUACUAGGAAUGAGUUUAAUCUGGAAUCGAAAUCAACCAUAGGCGUGGAAUUUGCCACCAGAAGUAUAGAGGUUGAUGGUAAAACUAUUAAGGCCCAGAUAUGGGACACUGCUGGGCAGGAGCGCUAUCGUGCGAUAACGUCCGCGUACUAUCGUGGUGCAGUCGGUGCGCUGCUCGUGUACGACAUUGCGAAGCAUCUGACGUACGAGAAUGUGGAACGGUGGCUCCGGGAGCUACGCGACCAUGCUGAUCAGAAUAUCGUCAUCAUGCUCGUCGGCAACAAGAGUGAUUUGCGGCAUCUCCGUGCCGUGCCCACGGACGAGGCGAAGGGUUUCGCAGAACGCAACGGGCUCAGCUUCAUUGAAACGUCCGCAUUGGACUCGACCAAUGUUGAAACAGCAUUCCAAAACAUACUCACAGAGAUCUACCGAAUUGUGUCGCAAAAGCAGAUUCGGGAUCCGCCAGAAGGCAGUGUGAUUAGACCGAACUUGGAAAACAUCGACGUGAAGCCGACCAAUCCGACGACUGACUCCGUGCGAAAACAAUGCUGCCAGUGACCGCCGCAAGCAGAAGAAGAAGCAAAAGAGACGUCGUCCGUUCAUGAUGCUGUUGUGUAUUCAGUAAUAACAUCAUCCAGCACUACUAUUACUACUACAACUACCGAUAGUACUGCAAGCACUACUACUACUGCUACCGCCGCCCACACGGCUACUGCAUCUAAUAUUACAGAACAAGCUAAAAUUAAAUACAAUAUUGCUCCAAAUGAAACUAUUACUACUACCACAACUACUACCACCACCACCACCACCACGGCCAUCAUUAGCAGCGCCGCUACAAAGCGGCCGGUGGCGGCAGCAAUGGUCGGUGACACCACCAAUGCUCGCAAUGACAUUAUUUCAAACCGUGAUUGCUUCAUCAUGAUUGACAUUACCAGCACUUCUCGGGGACACGACGAACUGCAAACCCGGGUGGAUGGUAAUAAUAACGCUGGUGGAAUGCUUCUGAUUUGAUGAAGCACCUGUUUUUCUUUUUUGGUCGGCUGUAUAAACCCGAUGCAACACGUGAAGGCGUGCUUACACCACUAAUAGAGCAUUUUUAUGAAAUUGUGCAGCAAUAAGGAAGAAAACGUAAUUAUCAUUUUGGUGAGUGUUGUUACGCUUGUUUCUCUUAUAUUCCAUUUGUGGUUUUCGGCAAACAAAACUUGGCGAUUCUGUGUACGAAAACAAAGGAACAAAAACCUUAGUGCGCUUUUUAUUCCAUAGAUGCGAACGGCAACAAUUGAACUCUGGUUCCGGUAGCGCUAGGCCAAACACACCUACUGUGGACAAUUGGUUUACUGUUUACACUUUAAGCGUGUUUUACACUGUUUUCUGAAAGCAUGAUGGAUUGGUGGAACAAUGUAAGAGAGCGGUGUGUGUGUUGUAAUCAGAACAAACAGAGAAUUAUGCUAGUGAUGAUUUUUAAUCUCUCUUUUGCAAACCGGGGAGGAGAGAAAGUAUGGAAAUGAACAAGAAGAAUUAACAAUAGAAAAAGAUGAAGAAAAAAAAGUUUUCCUACAAUAUUGAUCAACUGUAUCAAAUCUUGUAUAUCAUGUAUAAGGGAAUCAAAUACAUGUUUGAAUAGAAUACCGGGAAAAUAUAAACACUAUAUUAACACACUAGAGUGGGCGAAUGUCCGCUGUCGUCAGUCAGUCCCUUCGUAUCUGCGAGCAACUUCAACAGAGGCAGUAGCACCAGCGGCAGCAGCAGCAGCAGCCAACGGUUGGUGGGAACCCAAGGCAUCAUCAUUUCUCACCAUCUUCUUCACGCAAAACGAUCGUGUGCGGAGCUAGAAAUCGACCUCCUACCUAUAUAUUCAUAUUAAAAAGCGUGUAGCGAUGCGUGUUGUGUCCACGAUAUUGUUUCGAGCGAGCGUUGUUGUCGAUUGGUCAACAACCCCCUACGCUGGUUUGUUACCGAUGUUAUAAACAUUGGGCAUUUCAUCACUCUCGCGAGGGCUUCGUACACCACCGGGUGCAUCGUAUAUAAUGCUUUUCGUAUUGUUGUGGUGCAUCAACGAUCAUAAUCUAUCUCUAGAGGGAAAGGUAGAGAGCAAAACCAACAGUGAGGGAAGUUUCAGAUUCAGUCCAAAAAUUGGCGGCAAAUGUGCGGCGGCAGAUAGGCUGUUCCGAUGGUAAAAUGAACAAGGAGAAAAGGAAGCUUUGUUGUGUGAUGGCUUAAAAAAUCAAAAAAACAAAUAAGUAAAAUGAAGUGUUUUAAUGUAAGGGGAAAUAUCACUAGAUAAUGUUUUGUUUUCAUUCAAAGUUCAAAAUAAAGAGGAUGGAAUAACGGAUGAAAGUGAA